AGGUUCAGACUGAAAGUGAGGGAUCCAUAUAGUGAAGAAAGAAACUGGAGAGAGAGAGAGAGAGAGAGAGAGAGAGAGAGAGAGAGAAGUACACGGGUGGUCUCUUUUUUUUUUCCCUCCUUUGAAGAUUUUCUACCCCACGUCAUAAAUAUAUACUUACAUGUGUAUGCAUAUACUCCAUUCCUCUCAGUUCCACGACGGAAAAAAUCUCCUCUUUUAUUCCGUCUGAAGUUUGAAUUGCCCGAUUCGAGCUAGGGUUCCGACGACUCGAAGUGCUUGGACUAACUAUGCUGAUCAGAAAAUCUCCGAUCUUGCCCUAAAAGCUAAUAGGAUUAUUCCAAGGGGGGUUCAACACAUGGACGACGUUGAUUCGUCAAUGGCGUCCGAGUCCGCCGAUCACGACCACAGCAACAACGCCGGCUCCGACGAUGCCGUCCCAUCGGCCUCCGAGCAUCCGGAGAAGUCUCCGCCGCCGCCCGAGUCUGCCCAGGCGGGCGCGGGCGGGCCGAGGACGGCGCCGACGUACUCGGCGGUGAACGCGAUACUGGAGAAGAAGGAGGACGGGCCGGGCCCGAGGUGCGGGCACACGUUGACGGCUGUGGCUCCAGUGGGAGAGGAAGGGACGGCCGGGUACGUUGGGCCGCGUUUGAUUCUCUUCGGUGGUGCCACUGCUCUUGAGGGCAAUUCUGCUGCUUCUUCGGGGACACCCUCGUCAGCUGGAAGUGCUGGGAUUAGGUUGGCGGGGGCCACUGCUGAUGUGCACUGCUAUGAUGUGUUGACAAAUAGAUGGUCUAGGGUUACACCCUUUGGAGAACCUCCCACACCAAGGGCCGCGCAUGUGGCAACCGCUGUGGGUACUAUGGUGGUUAUUCAGGGUGGAAUCGGUCCAGCUGGUUUGUCUGCUGAGGACCUUCAUGUUCUGGAUCUCACACAGCAACGGCCACGGUGGCAUAGGGUUGUGGUUCAAGGCCCUGGACCAGGUCCGCGAUAUGGGCAUGUCAUGGCUCUGGUAGGGCAAAGGUAUCUUAUGGCAAUUGGUGGAAAUGAUGGAAAGCGACCAUUGGCUGAUGUAUGGGCGCUGGACACAGCUGCGAAGCCAUAUGAAUGGCGAAAAUUGGAACCUGAAGGAGAAGGUCCACCUCCAUGCAUGUAUGCAACAGCAAGUGCACGCUCUGACGGCCUUCUUCUUCUUUGCGGAGGAAGGGAUGCUAACAGUGUGCCACUGGCAAGUGCUUAUGGACUUGCAAAACAUAGGGAUGGUAGGUGGGAAUGGGCAAUUGCUCCUGGUGUCUCGCCAUCGCCUAGAUAUCAACAUGCAGCAGUUUUUGUUAAUGCGCGGCUCCAUGUAUCUGGAGGUGCGCUAGGUGGUGGACGCAUGGUGGAAGACUCGUCAAGCAUUGCAGUUCUGGAUACUGCAGCAGGAGUUUGGUGCGAUACAAAAUCUGUUGUUACUACUCCAAGGACAGGCAGAUACAGUGCCGAUGCUGCUGGAGGAGACGCUGCUGUUGAACUGACAAGGCGUUGUAGGCAUGCUGCCGCUGCUGUUGGUGAUCUAAUCUUUAUUUAUGGUGGUCUGCGUGGCGGGGUGUUGCUUGAUGACCUACUGGUUGCGGAAGACCAGGCUGCUGCUGAGACAACAAGCGCAGCCUCACACGCUGCUACUGCCGCAUCCAAUGUACAGGCGGGGAGGUUGGGUGGAAGGUAUGGGUUUGCUGAUGAAACCAGGCAAACAAAUCAUGAAGCAGUUCCUGAUGGUGCCGUUGUAUUGGGAAAUCCGGUUGCCCCUCCUAUGAAUGGUGAUAUGUAUACUGAUAUAAGCACUGAAAAUGCGAUGUUCUCGGGUUCACGGAGACUGAGCAAAGGUGUUGAGUACUUGGUUGAGGCUGCAGCAGCAGAGGCUGAAGCUAUUAGUGCCACAUUGGCUGCUGCUAAAGCACGGCAAGUUAAUGGAGAAGUCGAACCUCCAGACAGAGAUCGUGGGGCUGAGGCUACCCCUAGCGGGAAACAGAUACCUACUUUAAUUAAGCCUGAUCCUGAGGUGUCAAUUAAUUCAGUUCCACCUGGAGUGCGGUUGCACCACAGAGCUGUGGUUAUAGCUGCAGAGCCUGGUGGAGCUUUAGGUGGCAUGGUCAGACAGCUUUCGAUUGAUCAAUUUGAAAAUGAAGGACGACGAGUCAGUUACGGGACCCCGGAAAGUGCCACAGCAGCUAGGAAACUAUUAGACCGGCAAAUGUCUAUCAAUAGUGUGCCGAAAAAGGUGGUAGAUCAUCUCCUAAAGCCUCGUGGUUGGAAGCCUCCAGUGCGCCGACAGUUUUUCUUGGAUUGCAAUGAACUAGCAGAUCUCUGUGAUAGUGCUGAGCGUAUAUUUUCAAAUGAACCCACUGUUCUACAGCUCAGGGCUCCUACCAAGAUAUUUGGUGAUUUGCACGGCCAAUUUGGUGAUCUUAUGCGCCUUUUUGAUGAGUAUGGAGCCCCUUCAACUGCUGGGGACAUUGCAUAUAUUGAUUAUCUCUUCUUGGGAGACUACGUUGAUCGGGGCCAGCACAGCUUGGAAACAAUUACUCUUCUGCUAGCUCUAAAGGUGGAGUAUCCCCGCAGUAUACAUUUGAUUCGUGGGAACCAUGAAGCCGCUGAUAUCAAUGCCCUUUUUGGCUUUCGGAUUGAGUGUAUUGAGCGCAUGGGUGAGAGAGAUGGGAUUUGGGCAUGGCAUCGGAUAAAUAGAUUGUUCAAUUGGCUCCCUCUCGCUGCUCUAAUUGAGAAAAAAAUUAUCUGCAUGCAUGGGGGCAUUGGAAGAUCAAUAAACCAUGUGGAACAAAUUGAGAAUCUUCAGCGUCCGAUUUCAAUGGAAGCAGGCUCGAUUGUUCUCAUGGACUUGUUAUGGUCUGACCCAACAGAAAAUGACAGUGUGGAAGGAUUGCGCCCAAACGCUAGAGGUCCUGGGUUGGUUACAUUCGGGCCUGAUCGCGUGAUGGAAUUUUGCAACAACAAUGAUCUUCAGUUGAUUGUACGCGCACAUGAAUGUGUUAUGGAUGGCUUUGAGCGUUUUGCCCAGGGGCAUUUAAUUACUCUGUUCUCGGCCACCAAUUACUGUGGUACUGCAAAUAAUGCAGGAGCAAUACUAGUUCUGGGUAGAGAUCUUGUAGUGGUUCCAAAACUCAUUCAUCCAUUGCCGCCAGCAAUUUCAUCUCCAGAAGCGUCACCCGAACGCCAUAUAGAAGAUACGUGGAUGCAGGAGCUUAAUGCAAAUAGGCCACCAACGCCAACGCGAGGUCGUCCCCUAGUUGCUAAUGAUCGGGGUUCUCUUCCUUGGAUAUCGUAAAAGAUCUUUCCCCUUUGCGUUUUGUUAUACUCAAAUCUAGGCUCAUGCAUCGCCUGGGAAUUCUGGUGUUCUGCAAAGAGCAUGAUGGACCCUAUGGGUAAUUCGCCAAACCUAUUGCUGAAUAUUUGACGAGCCACCAGGAAAUGAAGACAGAGUUUGGAAAUGAAGACAUGAGUUCCAAAGCCAAGUUGCCGGCGGAGUGUAUCUUACUUUAUCUGCUGGGCUAAAAAGCAGUUCGGGGUUCUCCAAAAGUUACCCCCUACAUCGAGCCACGAAAUUACAGUCUCGGCUUCUCUAGUUCAAUGAGUAGUGUUAGCGGUGGGUAUUUUUCUCGAUAAUUAGAGUUUGUAUUUUUCACUCUUUUAGGUGGCAUUAUUUUUGUUUUCUGUUCCUCCUUCCCCCCACCCCACCCCACCCCAACCCAACCCAACCCAAGAGGACGUGAGACCCACAGAUGAUUGGUGAGAUAUAUAAUGUGAAAUAUCUUAGGGCAUUCGUGUAUCAUAGAGGCAUUGCUUUGUGUAAUUUGUGUUUCUACUUUGUACAAUAUAUAACUUUUGAGUUGAGAAUAUUAGGGUUUUGGUCUGAGAACAAACAAUGUGGGAAAGAGAGGUUUUUGUCUCUCCAAUCUUUUUUUGUAGGACUCUUGAUGUGCUCUCCCUUGCUGCAGAAACUAGAAGAGAAGUAAGAGUUUGCUGUCUAGCAAGUGAAACCUGGAAGAAAACUCCUGUAUUGAUUUUUCUGCCUACAGACCAAUUUGGUCCUUGAUGCUUCUGGUUACCACAUGUGUCCUUUUGUGCCGCAGUUUGGGAGCUUUGUAGGUCAUUCAUAAACUUUUUGUUGUAUGAUAUCGCUGGACCUCAAACCAUUGUUUAUUUCGCCAUUGUAUGUAAUUGGAAUGCAGUCAGACGAAUUUAUAGUCUACUUCCGAUUUUGAACUGUU